AUGCGGAAUCCACUACACUCGGGUUUGGGUUCUCUCCUCUUCCUCAGCCUUGUUCCUGUUGCAAUAUCACUACCCGCCGGUCCCAAAUGGUCACCCUACGGCUUCCAGAGCCAUGACUUCCAGAACCAAAACCUCGACCAAUGGCCACCAUCUAGCCUCCAGAGUGUCGUAACUCAACAAGGUCCGAACGUCCCUCAACAUCAGUUGCCUCAACAGCAUUUGUCAUCCUUUUGGAACGCCCCACAACUAGCGCAUGUCCCUCAACAUCAGUUGCCUCAACAGCAUUUGGGGCUCUUCGGGGACGCCUCACAACUAGCGCAUGUCAGUGCAGUACCUGCAAUGCACAGCCGAGCCUCCAAAAAGAGAGCUUCGAGGUCGGGCAAAAAGCCCCGCCCCAGACGUUUUCAUUAUGCCGAGAACACUGACAUCUUCGACCUAAUCAACAAAGAAAAAUUCCAGGGACAACUAGUACAAGUUGAUUUCUCAAAUUUGGAUACUAAUACUCGGGAUAGCCUCCUGAAGGUAGUCCGUCAGCCUCACCGCUUACAACAUUCCAUUUCCCUUGAGCCACAAGGUUUGGAGAACGACGCAGGUACUAUUUCUGAGGUCGAGAUGUCCAUUCACAAAGGUUCCAAGGUGUGGGCCAAAAAAAAUGAGGAAGUUUUUGCGAGCAUCAACCCGGAUGGUCAGACUUUCUACAACUUCUGGGGCAUUCCUAAGCCUCCAAAGCCAGGCGCUCCAAAGAUCACCUUUCACUACGGCAUGGGCUAUAUAAGGCCCGACGACUUCCAAGCACCGAACAGGCAGAUAGAUACAAAGGUAUUACAGGGAGCCGAGGCUGCUGCGCACCUUCACUAG